UCAUCUUCCGGACUACUCUAAAAUUCUCAUAUUCCUGAAAAUAUCUUCUACAACUCUUUUCUGUGAUUAAGUUUUCUUGUGGGGUGGUACCGAUGUAGGUGAUUAUGAAUAACAAGGAUGGGAAUUUUGGCUUUGAUCAUGGUGCCAAUUUUUAGCAUUGAGUUCGGUAACUAUUGCCAGAUUAUCAAUAUGCGUUCGUAGCUUCUGCUUGCGGGCAACAGGAUGGCGGACAUGAUUCUAAACGUUUCUCUUGUUCCGGCUUCGGAAGUCCUAUCCCGGAUUGUAGAUGCCAUAGUCGAGACAGUAAAUGCUGCCGAAGAUGUCCUCAUUGAAAAGGAAAAUUUUGCUGAACUUUCAACUUAUUUGGAGAGGAUCGUCCCUGUUCUGACAGAGUUGUCCAAGAAAAAUAUCAAUGCUUCAGAUAGCUUAAAGAAUGCUGUUGACAUUCUUAACCGAGAGAUCAAAGUUGCGAAGCAGCUCGUCUUGGACUGUAGCAAGAGAAGCAAGGUCUAUCUUCUAGUAAAUUGCCGUAAGAUUGUUAAGUCCUUAGAGGACACCACAAGAGAGAUCAGUCGGGCAUUGGGCCUCAUCCCUUUGGCUUCACUGGAUCUCUCAAUUGGUAUCACUGAAGAGAUCAGCAAGCUGCAAGAUAACAUGCUGAGAGCAGAGUUUAGGGCAGCUGUAGCAGAGGACGAUAUACUGAAGAAAAUUGAGUCCGGAAUACGGGAGAGGACUGUUGACCGUUCUUAUGCAAAUAAUCUGUUGGUUCUCAUUGCAGAGGCUAUUGGGAUUCCACCUGAACAGUCAGCAUUGAAGAAGGAAUUCGAAGAGUUCAAGAAGGAGAUAGAAGAAACAAAGCUGAGGAAGGACAAGGCUGAGGCUGUACAAAUGGAUCAGAUCAUUGCAUUGCUUGGAAGGGCUGAUGCUGCUUCAUCUCCUGAGGAGAAGGAGAUCAAAUAUAUCAUCAAGCGAAACUCUUUAGGUAGCCAACCGCUGGAACCUCUUCAGUCAUUCUACUGCCCAAUCACUGGAGAAGUUAUGGUGGACCCUGUGGAAACUUCCUCUGGACAGACAUUUGAGAGAAGUGCAAUACAGAAGUGGUUUGCAGAGGGGAACACCAUUUGUCCCUUGACCGUGACUCCACUGGACACAUCAAUUUUACGGCCUAACAAAACUCUGCGACAAUCAAUUGAAGAAUGGAAAGAUAGGAACACAAUGAUUACAAUUGCCUCCAUGAAAACCAAACUCCUCUCAGAUGAUGAGCAAGAAGUGCUAAAUUCCCUUAGCCAGCUGAAGGAACUUUGUGAAGAAAGAGACUUGCACCGGGAAUGGGUAGUAUUGGAGGACUAUAUUCCUAUUCUCAUCAAACUUCUUGCUACAAAAAAUUGUGAUAUGAGGAAUCAUGUUUUGGUCAUUCUUUGCAUUCUAGCAAGGGACAGUAAUAAUAGCAAGGAAAAAAUUGCUCAUACAGAAAAUGCCAUUGAAUCUAUUGUUAAGUCCCUUGCACGUCGUAUUGGGGAAAGUAAGUUAGCAGUAGCACUGCUUUUGGAACUGUCAAAAAAUGAAGUGGUACGCCACUACAUUGGGAAGGUUCAGGGCUGCAUAUUCCUCUUGGUGACCAUGACAAGCCAAGACGAUACACAAGCUGCCCGAGAUGCGAAGGAGCUUUUGGAUAAUCUCUCAAUUUUUGAUCAGAAUGUUGUACAGAUGGCAAGGGCAAACUAUUUCAAGCCUCUAUUGUUGCGUCUUUCUUCAGGGCCUGAAAAUGUCAAAAUGAUCAUGGCAACGACUUUGGCUGAAAUGGAGUUAAGUGAUCACAGUAAAUUGACUUUGUCUGAAGAUGGGGUACUGGGACCACUUCUUCACUUGGUAACACUUGACAAUGUGGGGACAAAAAUAGUGGCUGUUAAAGCUCUUCAGAAACUCUCAACUGUACCACAGAGUAGCUUGUUGAUGAUUAGAGAAGGUGUAGUGGGCCCAUUGCUUGACCUCCUCUACUGUCACAGCACAUCUUCCCCAAGCUUAAGAGAACAUGUAGCCGCAACUAUUAUGAACCUUGCCAUAUCAACUGCAGCGGAAGAAGCCAGUCAGACAGAGCUGUCAUUGUUGGAAUCUGAUGAAGACAUUUUCAGACUAUUUUCAUUAAUUAAUUUGACAGGACCUGAUGUACAACAAAGCAUUUUACGUACCUUCCAUGCCAUGUGCCAACCCCCGUCUGCAAAAGAUUUAAGGUCUAAACUUAGACAGUUUUCAGCUAUUCAAGUAUUGGUUCAGUUAUGUGAGCUUGAUACUGCAACUGUACGAGCAAAUGCUGUGAAGCUGUUCUGUUGCUUGACAGCAGAUGGCGAUGAUGGCUUGCUGUCAGAGCAUGUUAAUCAGAGGUGUGUUGAAACUUUACUCAGGAUCAUCAGAACUUCUAACGAUAAUGAAGAGAUUGCUGCUGUAAUGGGUAUCAUUGUUAACCUCCCCGUGAACCAAACCCAAAUCACUCAGUGGCUUUUAGAUGCAGGCGCACUUCCGGUCAUUUUCAGAUUUCUUAGUAAUGGAAAUUAUACUGGUUCAGCUAGAAACCAUCUAACUGAGAAUGCUGCAGGAGUGAUAUGCCGUUUCAGUGUUACAAUUAAUCAUGAGUGGCAGAAGAGAGCAGCAGAAGCUGGCAUUAUCCCUGUAUUGGUACAGUUGCUGGACUCCGGAACUGCUCUGACAAAACAAUGUGCAGCCAUUUCACUUGCUCAGUUUUCAGAGAGUUCAGCUGUGCUGAGUAAACCAAUAAAAAAACAAGGGGGAUUGUGGUGCUGGUCAGCCCCACCCGAAACUCGCUGCCCAGUGCACAUGGGCAUUUGUGAUGUGGAGUUUUCGUUUUGUCUUUUGGAGGCUGGUGCGGUGCAACCCCUUGUGAGGGUGCUUGGGGAGCCAGAUAUUGGAGCCUGUGAGGCUGCUUUACAGGCACUGUUGACUCUGAUUGAUGGUGAAAGAUUACAGAAUGGUAGUAAGGUGCUUGCGGAGGCAAAUGCCAUUGCAGCAAUCAUUAAGUUAUUGGGUUCACCCUCUAGCCAACUACAAGAGAAAUCUUUGAAUGCUUUGGAGAGGAUUUUCCGGCUGGUGGAGUUCAAGCAACAGUAUGGGGCUCUAGCUGAGAUGCUUUUAGUAGAUAUAACUCAGAGGGGAAAUAGUGCUAUGAAAUCUUUGGCAGCCAAAAUACUUGGUCACCUGAAUGUGCUUCACGACCAAUCCUCUUAUUUUUAAAUUAAUCGAACGUUAAAGGUUUUGAACCCCUUCGAAUUGAACACACAUUGUUGAAGCAGAAUCAUGUCUGAAGAAGUUGGACAUCAGGCACAAUAUGAUACUUGGGCAUUGAUAGAAGAUUAUUAUUGGCCACAAAUCGUGUAUCCUAUCUUCUAAUUCUGUAAAGAUUGAAUUGAGUUUUGCUUAGAAAGAAGAUCAAGCAACUGAAGGGGUGGAGGUCCUCGAAGUAUUUGUAUCGAGGCCUCAGUGCAGAAUUUAGGAUAAACAGUGUACAUUACCUCUGUCCAGUCCUGCCAAUGCAAGGUCAUUUUAGAAUUGAAGAACUUUGAUUCUUUUGGUGUAUUGUUGACAAGAAUGUGUUUGUAUUUUAUAUAGAGGCCAAUAACAGGGUACGGUUCUUUGUAAUCAGGGCAGUCUAUUAUAAUAGAAGAAGUUGAAUUUGGAA